AAAUUUGGAUUUUAUUUCCAUUCCAAAUUUCCGGGAAACAGUUUUUCCUGGGAAAACAGAAGGAAAUAAAAUCCGGUUCGGAUUUUCCAUCGGACCAAACAGAGGCAUUUUUGAAUGGGGCAACAACAAUCGAAAGACGAAUUGCUAUACAAUCAAGUGAAUUACGGUAACAUUGAAGGGAUUAAAUCUCUUUUCCAUGAAGGCGCCGGCCUCGAGUGGAUUGAUAAAGAAGGAAGAACGCCGUUGAUAUUGGCUUGUUUGAAUCCAUCGUUUUUUGAUGUAGCCCAAACUUUGAUCGAACUCGGUGCCAAUAUUAACGCUUAUCGUCCAGGUCACCUUGGUGGGACUCCAUUGCACCACGCAGCAAAGAGGGGCCUUCUAAGUACAGUCAAAUUACUUCUUUCCCGUGGAGCAAAUCCAUUGGUUAUUAAUGAUGAUGGUCAAACGCCUCUCGAUGUUGCUUGGGUGAAAGGAAAUGUCAAUGUUGUGCGAGCCAUCGAGAAGCACAUAUGUUUAUUCUCUGGUUGGAUGCGAGAGUUUUCCGGGUCGGGAUUCAUCAAAAUGUUUGUUCCUCAACUGGUUUCAAGAAAAGUUUGGGUUGUUGUUCUACCAACUGGUUCGCGUAAUCAUACAAGGCCUCUCAAGUUGGGGAUGGCUAUGUACUCCAGUUUGAAGGAUGCUCAACCACGCUCAGUGAUUCCAUUGUGGAAAGCUAAUUUAGAGGAACCAAAGCUGAACCAGCCUGAUCCUUCAGCGAUAAUUGUCGAUAACUCAAGCAAAACACGAAUUAAACUUGCGCCUGGUAAAGAAAAUGACAUGCAGCAGCUUCAGUGGUUUUGUGAUGCAUGUAAAGGAAUUCCACAGGCAAGGAUUCCUGCAUUUCUGCAUAAUUCUCAGCCUCCGGAUGCUCCAGAAACUGCACCACCGGAUACAGAGGAGUUCGAAUUAGCAAUGGCGAUCAAUGCCUCUAUCCAGUCAGCUAUUGCAGAGACAUCUGAUGUUGAUUUGCACUCUUGCAAUGAAGCUAGUGCAUCUGCUGGUUGGGAUAGCUCUGCAAGCACUAGUUGUCACAGCGGUUCAGUAGCACCAACGGCAUUUCCACCUUCAAAAGCAAGUAUCAGUGAAUGGACUUUGAUCGAAGCCAACUCUGGUAGCAGUUCAACCGAGCACACUGAGAUCCAUACGACAAUGCAAACCUCAGAUUCUGUCCCAUCAGCUCCACCAGCACCCGCCAUAGAUGAGAUUGUAGAAGAUGGUCCGGUUCAAUACCCGUCGAUUGAUUCCACCGCUGUCGAUAUUUCUUGCACAACAGGAGAAAGCUAUCCUCCUAGUGCUGCUCAAACAAAACGAGACGAAGGUCCGUGUACAAUAUGUUUGGAUGCUCCAUCAGAAGCCGCCUGCGUUCCUUGCGGCCAUGUCGCUGGAUGUAUGUCAUGUUUGAACGAGAUCGAAGCCAAGAAAUGGGGUUGCCCCGUCUGUCGUGCCGAGAUUCAGCAGGUUAUAAAGCUUUAUCGUGUUUGAAUUUCGCAUCCGAAUCAUGGUUAUAUGUACAUGUUGUAAUGGUUUCUGCACAUGGAACAAGUUUGGUUCUUGUUUUGAGCUCAAGCUAUUAGCGUUUGG